AAAAAUAAAAAAGGAAAGGAAGGGAAAAGGAAUAGGAAAGAACAAUUUUUGAAACGUUAUUAUGAAAAAGUGUACAUUUAAGUCAUCAAGAUUGAAAGGUCGAUGUUAUUUUUGAAAAUUUGAAGAGAGAAAAAGAAAAAGGAAGAAGAUAUAAUCGAUUCUUCAAAUCUGAUAAAAAGUUUCACGUUUUAAGAUACGAUGAAAGGGGGAAAUUCAAUCGUGAAAAGGAAAUAUACGAAGAGAGAAGACCUUGAAAUAGAUUUUAGAUUUAAGAACAGGAAUGUGUUCGCUGUUCAUUUAGCAGUGGGUCAGGGUCAAUCAAUCGGUGUUUUUGUGUUCAAGCAUCACCCCUUUUUUCCCCUCAGUGUCUUCUAACGUUUUCAUUGGCAUUACGUUGAUGUCUCACUCUCUCUCACUCUCACUCUCAUUCUCACUCUUUCUCUCUCUCUCUCUCUUUCUCUCUCUCUCUCUCUCUCUCUCUCUCUCUCUCUCUCUCUCUCUCUCUCUCUCUCUCUCUCUCUCUCUUGCAAAUAUAGAAGCGAAAGAUCACGCGUAAUCAUCCCGCAUCUUUAUAUUUUGGAUGUUUGCCAUGAUACUAACAUUCCUACUCUCCGUAUACUUCGAAAUUCGGACUAAGCGCAUGCGAAAGGAAGUCUUUUAUAUUCUUAAGGAAGGAGCUACCGGUACGACUCGCUAAUAUUAUGAAAGAGAUCCAUCUGUUACCCGAUAAUUUAUUGAAAACUCCUAGUGUCGUAAUAGUAAAUAAUUUAUACGUCACUUCGUUUGAAGAAAUUAUACACUUUGAAAAGUCUGAGGUUAACGAUACCACUUUGGACAAAUUUUGUCAAGCUUUGAUCAAAAUCCGAAACAGGCAUAGCGACGUUGUCCAAACGAUGUCCCAGGGUGUUCUUGAGCUGAAGGAUUCUUACGACGUUGAUAUUCAAACGGAGAACAGCAUCCAGUAUUUCCUCGAUAGAUUUUUCAUGUCACGAAUUUCUAUUCGUAUGCUCAUCAAUCAACACACGCUCCUAUUUGGUGGGUUGUUGAAUGGUCACAGCAGACACAUAGGAUGCAUAGAUCCGUCGUGCGAUGUUAUCAGUGUUAUCAAAGAUGCCUACGAGAAUGCACAGUUUCUAUGCGAUCAAUAUUAUCUGUCUAGUCCGGCAUUAAACGUGAAGCAACAUAAUGAACUUGAACGAGGUAACGAAAUACGAAUCGUUUAUGUACCAAGUCAUUUGUAUCACAUGCUCUUUGAAAUAUUCAAGAAUAGUAUGAGAGCAAUAAUGGAAUAUCACGGAUCGGAAUCAGACAAUUAUCCGCCGAUCGAUGUGACUGUUGUACGUGGAAAAGAGGAUAUAUGCGUGAAGAUAUCUGACCGUGGCGGUGGCAUACCUCGUUCGCAUAUGGAUCAUCUUUUUAAGUACAUGUAUAGUACCGCGCCUCAGCCAAGCAAGUCGGAUGCACAUACCGUCCCUCUCGCUGGUUAUGGUUAUGGUCUUCCUCUAUCUCGUUUAUACGCUAGGUAUUUUCAUGGUGACAUCGUUUUGCUCAGCUGCGAAGGUUACGGCACCGAUGCGAUCAUUUAUCUGAAGGCUCUUUCGAACGAGGCAAACGAAUUGUUACCUAUAUUCAAUAAGACUUCUUCGAAGUUUUAUCGUACUCCAGUUCCUACGGCUGAUUGGAGCAGUCAAUGCGGUGGCGGUAUGGCCACUAGACAACUUAGAAUGAGUUAUACUCAAGGACAUAGAUUACCUCACGAUAUGGAGGCCGGUCGUUGCUAACGAAAUUUUAUUUCAUUCAAAAGAAAAAAAAAAAAAAAAAAAAAAAAAAGAGUUGAUAAAACGCCUGACGUUUUAUUCAAAUUAAUUUUCGUACUAUGACGCGUAGUCCACCCACCACCCCGAUUAUUAUUAUUUUUUUUUUUUUUCUUUUUUUUUCUUUUCUUUUCUUUUCAUUCAGUUAGAUACCUCGAAAUGAGCUUCGACGAGAAAAACGUCAAUAGUUGCAAUAUAGAUAUUAACGAUCUGAGAUGAAAAAUCUUUGAUUAUUAGUUCUGCAUUGGACGUUAUCUUGGUAGUAUCUUAGUCCCUGUCAGAAAUGGAGUCACGGUAUAAAUUAAAGAAGAAAAAAAAAAAAGGUUUUUCAAUUUUUACGUCACACAUUAAGCAUCGCUAUCACGAGAUGUUACAUAUCAAGUCAAAGUGACAGAUCUGCCAAUUGAUAGUUAUAAUUCGACCUGUUCAUUCUUAUUUCUGAGAGUAUCCAACUGACUUUUAUUUAUUUCUUCCUUUUUUUUUUUUUUUUUUUUUUUUUUUUUUUUUUGUAACAAUUUCAAAUAAUCAUUGUCAUCGAUGGAUCGCAUAGUGAGCAAAAAGUAAGAAUUAUUGAUAUACUUAAUUAAAUAUAAUUUUUGCUUACUCGAUCAUUUAUCUUUUUUUCCUCUUACUUUAUUAACAAUGACGUAUUGAGCAUUUUUAUAACUUAGAAUGCAUUUUUUGUUUUUUUCUUUUAUCGCAACCAAAAAGAAAAAAAAAAAAAAACAGAAAAAAGGGAUAAAUUUAAACGGCAUUGGUGAAUAUUAGAAACCAUUAUUACUUUUGUGGAUUCUACAAUGAUAACCACAAAACGCUGACUGUGAUGUAGUAGGCAAUUUUAAUUUUUAACUGUUAGACAGCUAAAACUUGUUAAUCGUUAAUACCAUAUUAGUACUAUGAUACUAAUAUCGGAUGUAAUAAUAUUAAAAUUAUAAUUUUACAUGUAGCCCGUAUGUCGUGUAUAUACUUCGAAUGAAGUCGAAGAGAGUCGCAUUAAGUCUCCCACACAGAAAGUAUUUUCUAUCAUAGUAAUAAUUCAUCUAAUAAUAAAUGAUGAAAAAGUUGAAUAUUUUCAAUGAUACCUCAAUUUUUAAUAAUGACAUUUUAUAAGAAGGAAGCUCAUCAAGAUAUUGCAGAAACUGUCGUUUUUAUAAAAUGCGAUAAACUUCGUUCUUGUAAGAUUCCGAAAGUAAAUACAGGACUGUAGUUUUUUUUUUAACAAUUACUUGGCAUAAAGAAGAAAAAACACAAGCAUAAUAUUCCAGAGAUCCAUCAUUUAUUUGUUAAAUAUCAUAUCAUAUAUCGUUCUUUAAUUUCUUUCUCUUUUUUUUUCCGGAAGUGGAGUAUCGUACGUGGUAAUACCAAAAGAAUUUUUACUAGUAAAUGUGUAAGUUUUUUUUUCUUUUUUUCUUUUUUUUUUACGUUAUUCUAUUUCUUUGUUCUUUCUUUCUUUUUUUUUUUUUUUUUAAAUUGUAAUUUUUACCUUUACUUUUAUUUUAAAGUCUAUAUAAACGCGACGUACUCGCGGGAAAAAAGAGAAAAAAUAGAAAUAUCUAACUAAUUUAUAUCGUACGAAAUUAAACGAGAAUGUGUACGUUUGUAAUUUUCAAAAUGGUUUACUGUUUUUAUUCUCGUUUUUUAUAUAUAUAUAUAUAUUUUUUUUAUUUUUUUUUCUUUCUUUUUCUUUUUUUUUUUAAUAUAUAUAAUUUGAGAGACAAGCUCACAAAAAUACCGUGUUUUGUAUAUGUAUAUAUAUAUAUGAUAGAUUAUAAUUAUUAUAAUAAUGAAUUAUAAAAUUGUCAUAGAUUAUAGUACUUAUUACGACAAACCAUAUAGAGAGAUCUUCAUGCGUAUAGCAUGAUAUUGUAAAACAUUGUUAAUAAAGAAAUUAUAAUAGA